AUGCGGCAAAGUAUACAAAAUAUGCUACCUUUGUGCAUUUAUAUAUACUUAGCCGCGAAUUCUAACCGUGAAUGCAGGAGUGAUUCCGCAUUAUCAAUGGUGCCAGCGGAGGACAAUGAUUCAACAUACUCUAAUUCUUCAAGCAAAAAUAAACGUGCAGCUAAUUUUAAUUAUUCAAAUACUUGUAAUUUACAACUCGAUAUGAGAUUAGAAGGUAACAAUAUAGUACCAAGGAAAAAUUUUAGACACAUUGACUCUUCGGAAUCCAUGACAGGAUUUCCAAGUUCUGCUAAACGGCUCAAGACAUCCACUUCGGAUAGUAGAUUGAUAGAAACAAGUGAACUUUUGUCCUCGGGGAGUAAAAAGUCAGAACUUAAAAAGGUACGUAGUAAAUGCGAUAUAUGCAAAGCUAAAGUUGGAUUAUUAGGGUUCGCUUGUAGAUGUGGUGGGCAAUAUUGUGGCACUCAUAGAUAUUCAAAUAUCCAUGGUUGUAAAUUUGAUUAUAAAAAAUUGGGGAAAGAAGAAAUCACGAAAGCAAAUCCAGUUGUUAAAGCUUCAAAAAUAACAAAAAUUUAA